GGGCGGCAGAACCCACGCUCUGCGCGGGUGGGCCGCGCACGCCUGACUGCCUUCUGCUGCCCGUUACCAUAGGGUUUCCAGAUCAUUCAGUGUUCGGAAAAUGAGUCUAGAUGCCAACUCUUUCGCAUCCUGGUGCCUGAACGCAGUUGUCCCAGGAGCCCAGAGUCCUCCCAGCUUGGGGAACCCCCUUUCUCUAACCAUGGAGUUGGGACCUGUCAGGGGCAAAGUGUCAGGUAUAUGGGAGGGAGUGUGUCUUCAGUCUUGUUCAGAACCCUGUCCCGUGAAGGGCCAAAGGAAUAACUGGAAAGGUGGAUGACAGGCCAAAGAAUCCCACCUUGGACCUCUGCUCGCAUGCUGUCUCUGUCGCUCCAGCAUCUGAAAGGAGUAAAUAAUGGUUUCCUUUGAAAUGGUGGGCAAUUAGGACUGGGAGGCUCUGACCAGAAUUACAUAGCCACAACUGCCGGUCAUCUGACAUCCUCUGUAAUUUGGGCCAACAUACUGCAGCUGCCUCUCUUCCCUUUUACUAGUAUGAGUGGCUCUAGUGACAGCACGUGCGUGUUCACAGGAAGGGAAGGCUGUGUUCUGAACGCUGCCCAAUUAGCACGGGUUCCUCGGGCCACGGCUGGAGCCACUGCCUUUUCAAGAGGAUAAAGGUUCACUGAUGGCUCAGUUGGGAGCAAUUGCGGCUGUGGCUGCCAGCUUCUUUUGUGCAUCUCUCUUCUCAGCUGUGCACAAGAUAGAAGAGGGACAUAUUGGGGUGUAUUACAGAGGCGGUGCCCUGCUGACUUCCACCAGCGGCCCUGGUUUCCAUCUCAUGCUCCCUUUCAUCACAUCAUAUAAGUCUGUGCAGACCACCCUGCAGACAGAUGAGGUGAAGAACGUACCUUGUGGGACUAGUGGUGGUGUGAUGAUCUACUUUGACAGAAUUGAAGUGGUGAACUUCCUGGUCCCGAAUGCAGUGUAUGAUAUAGUGAAGAACUACACUGCCGACUACGACAAGGCCCUCAUCUUCAACAAGAUCCACCACGAACUGAACCAGUUCUGCAGUGUACACACGCUUCAAGAGGUCUACAUUGAGCUCUUUGAUCAGAUUGAUGAAAAUCUCAAACUGGCUUUGCAACAGGACCUGACCUCCAUGGCCCCUGGGCUGGUCAUCCAAGCCGUGCGGGUGACAAAGCCCAAUAUACCUGAGGCAAUCCGCAGAAACUACGAGUUGAUGGAAAGCGAGAAGACAAAGUUGCUCAUUGCAGCCCAGAAACAGAAGGUGGUGGAGAAGGAAGCUGAGACGGAGCGGAAGAAGGCCCUCAUUGAGGCAGAAAAAGUGGCUCAGGUUGCAGAAAUCACCUAUGGGCAGAAGGUGAUGGAGAAGGAGACUGAGAAGAAGAUUUCAGAAAUUGAAGAUGCUGCGUUUCUGGCCCGGGAGAAGGCAAAGGCGGAUGCUGAGUGCUACACAGCUAUGAAAAUAGCCGAAGCAAACAAGCUGAAGCUGACCCCUGAGUAUCUGCAGCUGAUGAAGUACAAGGCCAUUGCUUCCAACAGCAAGAUUUACUUUGGCAAGGACAUCCCUAACAUGUUCGUGGACUCUGCAGGCAGUCUGGGCAAGCAGUUUGAGGGGCUGGCUGACAAGCUGAGUUUUGUGUUGGAAGACGAGUCCUUGGAGGCAGAUACUGAGGAGAAUUGAAAUUUUUUUUAUACAACCUUAGCUGACACUUAGAGAUCUUUAUUUUUUAACGAUGAACCAGGAUGCCCCUCCCGCUCACACUACCUUCUUUGACUCUCUUCCACGUACUGUGGUGAAAAAAGAAGAAAUGGACCUAAAUCUAUUCCCAUUCCUGGGAAGGGAGGGCUGGGAUUGAUGAUUUGAGGUUUUAUUCAGGUAAGUAGGUUAUAUGACUUCUGUUAAGAUUUGUAAAUAUAGGCGUGACCUUUGA